UCCAGGGAAGAUGCACUCGACACCAUUCCUGUCUGCAUUCAAAGCUCCUCAGCCAUGAUGCGUCUGGUGGUUCUCGGCCUCCUGGCCUGCGCUGUCUCUCUCAGCUACUCUGCUGUUAUUUUCGACAAUGGAGUGCCAGUGUUGUGGGCACAAGCGUUUGGCCAACUGGAUCAGCUGCCGAUACAGAAUGAUGUUGUGGUGCCAAACCCCUUUAACGUCAUUCACCGCAUGAGUCUUUACAAGAUAUUGAUGGCUGCUACCGAUUGGUUAAUGCUUCCCAUGGGACCAGGCGUUAAUCAAAAUCCUAUCUGGGGGCUGCCACUGCAGCUUGCAUGGAUGGUGACCUCAGAGCGUCUUGCAGACCCGACUAAUAGUACAACCUGUGGUACGGAAGCAGAUCCUGUAUGUAUUUCUGCAGAGAGCUGGUGGGGCUGUGAAAACUAUCUAGUCUCAGUCCUGCCCUUCCUGUCAGCAGCAAAAAACAAAUUCUUUGGUGAAGGAGUGCAGGUCCAGAUGCAGUUGCCUGAGGGUGUUACGGACUUCUGCACCACACAUACUGAGUGUUCAUCUAAGUUCCCUGAUGCCAUGGCAAAAUGGGACGCCUUCUUCAAUGGUCUCAUCUCAACGGGUUCUGAAGAUAUACCAGAUGUUCUGAAGAAAGACAAAAUCCUUGGUCUCUACUGGGCUGCCCAGAUGGCUUCAACCUAUGCAUCCAGUACAUGUGAAGCCAAGUUGAGCCACUACUCUGAACCAGAGAAAGCAUUUUUAACCAGCUGGCUGAACUUGGCUGAGUUUGUUGCUGCAGCACAUUUUCUAUCCAGUUUGGAAAAGGCAGGAAAGUUUAUAAGCCCUUUGCCAAGGCGAAUCCUUAAGGACGGUGAUGUUGCCCCCAACAUUGAAGGUUUGACUGAAGAAGAGAACAAAUCACUGCAUACUUUCGCCUGGCUGGACUCUCUCAACUCACAAGCACCUAUAUCAUUGUUGGAUUCGUGGAAAGGAGCCAUGUGCUCGGUGGAGACAAGAGCGAAAGGAGCUCAACUGUUGGAUGAUGUCCUGUCUGCUGAGCCCUACACUUCAAUCUCAUUCAUGGGCGUUCUCGUUAGGAUGGCUACUGAAUGCUUAUUAGGUCAAUAACAGAAACAGAAGUUAUGUGAUUGUAUCCAAUUUUUUAAUUGAAAGACAAUAUUGAAUAGAUUAAAACAAUCCAACUAUUUGAUCAUAUUGUGGUAGGAUCUCUUCUGCAUUAUAGCCAGUAAUCUAUGAAACAUGACAUAAAUUUGAAUGGUCAUUACUAUAUAAUUCAAAUGCAUGUGUUGUACUUGUAAUUGGAGAUAUGAUCAACUGUGGUUUUACUUCAAUAAAGGAUCUCAAAUGUU